AUGUCGGACGCAAAGAAGAACCUGUUGUUAUUCUUCGACCGGCCCUCGGAGCCGUGCUUCAUGCAGAAGGGAGAUGAUAAGGCUGUCUUCGAGAUACCUGAUCACUACUACCCGGAGAAGUACAAGACGCUAUCGAGCACCAUCUCCAACCGUUUCGGUGAUGACGCUGGUCGUACUAUCCCCGUGCGUAACAUCGCACUGCCCAACCUGGCGCAGCCCAUGGAACUGCCCUACAAUGACCAGUUCUCUCUCUUCGUGCCCAAACACAGGGCCAUGGCGGGCAAGCUCAUUGACAUCUUCAUGGGUAUGCGUGACUUGGAGGACCUGCAGUCCGUGUGCUCGUACUGCCAGCUGCGCAUCAACCCGUACAUGUUCAACUACUGCCUCUCUGUCGCUAUUCUGCACAGGCCCGACACUAAAGGACUCAACAUCCCGACGUUCGCGGAGACCUUCCCCGACAAGUUCAUGGACCCCAAGGUGUUCCGCAAGGCCAGGGAAGUCAGCAACGUCGUCACAUCAGGAGUCAGGAUGCCAGUAACGAUCCCGGUGAACUACACGGCUAACAACUCGGAGCCUGAACAGCGCGUAGCAUACUUCCGCGAGGACAUUGGCAUCAACCUCCACCACUGGCACUGGCACUUGGUGUACCCCUUCGACUCCGCUGACCGUUCCAUCGUCAACAAGGACAGGCGUGGAGAGCUCUUCUAUUAUAUGCACCAGCAGAUCAUUGCUAGGUACAAUAUGGAGCGUAUGUGCAACGGCCUGUCCCGUGUGGCGCGCUACCAGAACUUCCGCGAGCCCAUCGAGGAGGGAUACUUCCCCAAGCUCGACUCACAGGUCGCCAGCAGGGCCUGGCCGCCUAGGUUUGCCGGCACUACCAUCCGUGACCUGGACCGUCCCGUGGACCAGAUCCGCGCCGACGUGUCGCAGCUCGAGACCUGGAGGGAUCGCUUCGUACAAGCUGUUGAAACUCUCUCCGUCACACUGGCCAACGGACGUCAAAUGCCAUUAGACGAGGAGCGCGGUAUCGACAUCUUGGGCAACAUGAUGGAGUCGUCCAUCAUCAGCCCCAACCGACCUUACUACGGGGACCUCCACAACAUGGGACAUGUCUUCAUCUCAUACUCACACGACCCUGACCAUCGCCACCUGGAGCAAUUCGGCGUGAUGGGUGACUCAGCCACAGCGAUGCGUGACCCAGUGUUCUACCGCUGGCACUCGUACAUCGACGACCUGUUCCAGCUCUACAAGUACAAACUCAACCCGUACGGAGAUGACAAGCUGGACUUCCCCGGCGUGCGCGUGUCGAGCGUGGGCGUGGAGGGCGCGGCGGGCCGCAACACGCUGGGCACGUUCUGGGAGCUCAGCACCGUGGAGCUCGCCCGCGGGCUCGACUUCACGCCGCGCGGCUCCGUGCUCGCGCGGUUCACGCAUCUACAGCACCAGGACUUCACCUACGUUAUCGAGGUGAACAACACGUCAGGUCAGUCCGUGAUGGGCACGGUGCGUAUAUUCAUGGCGCCCGUACAGGACGAGAAUGGCGCGCUACUGUCGUUCGACGAGCAGAGACGAGGCAUGAUCGAAUUAGACAAGUUCACUACUGGAUUACGUCCGGGUAACAACACGAUCCGUCACCGCAGCGUGGACUCGUCCGUCACCAUCCCGUACGAGAGGACCUUCCGUGACCAGUCGGUCCGUCCGGGCGACCCUGGCGCGGAGGAGUCUGCCGAGUUCGACUUCUGCGGCUGCGGCUGGCCACACCACAUGCUGGUCGCCAAGGGGAACCAGCAGGGGUACCCCGUCGUACUCUUCGCCAUGGUCUCCAACUGGGCCGAGGACAGGAUCGAACAAGACCUAGUAGGCUCCUGCAACGACGCCGCCUCGUACUGCGGUAUCAGGGACCGUAAGUACCCGGACCGUCGGUCUAUGGGCUUCCCCUUCGACCGUCCAUCCGCCGCACAGAGUCUGUCCGACUUCCUGCGUCCCAACAUGGCCGUGCAGAACUGUUCUAUCCGGUUCACCGACACUACCAUCCCAAGGCAGCAAAGACGGUAG